AUGAGGUUUGCGACGGGCGCUGCGGCGCUCAGCCUCUGGUUGCGCCAUGCGACGGCUCUCCACGUGGCGAAGGGUUCACCUUGCCAGACACUCUGCGGCAACGUGCUGGAUGCGACCACGAAAGAUGAUGUUGUCUGCAAAGAGUCGGAUUACUCUGUCAGCGCUGCCGGUUCUGUAUACCAGCAGUGCGUUUCCUGCGAGUUGACGAGUGACUACUCAACCGCAUCUCAGACUGACGUACAAUGGCUUCUUUACAACCUCCGAUACGCUGUCUCAUACUGCAUUUUCGGGUACCCAGAAAACCCCAACGUCGGGUCCAGCCCAUGUCUCACGAGAACCGCUUGCGAGCCUUUCCAAGAUGCCAUUAAGUACAAUGACCUUGCCUCUAACGGCACCGAGUUUGACUACUGUGACAACUGGGAUCACAAUCAGCUCGCUGGCUGCACAGCCUGUCUCCGUGCCGGCGACAACCAUUACUUGACUAAUUUCAUGACCAUCCUGGAUGCUGGAUGCCAGCAGAAGCCUGACCCUGGGCAGACCGUCUCUGUAGAGGGUUCUCCCUUCUCUAAGACUUCAGUCAAUGCUACUGACCCGACGCCAACAAACACAUAUGUGCCAAACUACAACAGCGGCCCCAUCUCCUUGGGCGGCAAAGUCGGCAUCGCGAUCGGAGGUGUUGUCGUCAUUCUUGCUUUGACCGGUUUCUGCAUUGUCUGGAAUGGCAAGAGAAGAAGACGGGCAUUUCUGAAGAAAAUGGAAAUGAAGCAGAAGGGUCCCGCAAAUGGCUGGCCAUCACCACUUAAUGUCGCUGGACUCAACGGCACACCGCUGAGCCAGCGCCCUCUGCGAAGUUGGGAGAACGAUACGCCAAACAGCUCCAGGCCGACGCACGGCUGGGACGAGUCUCCUCUCAGCCCGCAAGGAGAGAAGGCCUUCCCGAGAUACUUCUCGCCGUACUCAUCGCAAUACAACAGUCCGGUGAGCGGCACGGAGGCGCCAAAUAUGCAGUGGCCAACCAACGGAUCGGACCCUCAGCGUCAACAGCAGGAAAUCGGCAUUGCUCUGGGUGGCGCGGAUGAUUCGCAGCAAGAUUGGGAUGAUUCUCACAAGGGAAAGGGGCGAUCUGAGUCGUAUGAGUUGAGAGAGGUUGACCAUCAAUGGGACGCGCGACAGAGGCAUCCCAGCCCGCCUGUGCUUCAGCACCCGGCGCACCCUAUCACAACCCAGCUGCGUAUCACGGCAUUACAGAAGAUGACCUCAGGCGAGUCGGACAAGAUGGCUAUGGAAAUUGUUAAGGCCUCCGAGGAGGAGGAGUUCGCCAUCAAGCCUCAGGCUGCCGUCCCCCAGUUGGACACCAGCAGCUGGCCUCUGUUGCUCAAGAACUACGACAAGCGCAAGUUUCCUUUCCCUCUGGAUACGGAGCGAAUGCCUCUUCUCGUCCGGACGGGUCACUUCACUCCCAUUCCGGCAGGAUGCAGCCCUCUGAAGAGAGACAUCAAGUCGUACAUCUCCUCCGGUGUUAUCAACCUGGACAAGCCCUCUAACCCCUCCUCUCACGAGGUCGUCGCUUGGGUCAAGCGUAUGCUCCGCGUUGAGAAGACUGGACACAGCGGUACCCUUGAUCCCAAGGUCACUGGAUGUUUGAUUGUUUGCGUCGACCGCGCCACCAGACUCGUCAAGUCCCAGCAGGGCGCCGGUAAGGAGUACGUUGCCGUCAUCCGCCUCCACGACAAGCUGCCUGGCGGUCAGGCCCAGUUUGCUCGCGCUCUCGAGACUUUGACUGGUGCCCUCUUCCAGCGCCCUCCUUUGAUCUCUGCCGUCAAGCGUCAGCUGCGUAUCCGUACCAUCUACGAGACCAAGCUGAUCGAGUUCGACAAUGAUCGUCAUCUCGGUGUCUUCUGGGUUUCCUGCGAGGCCGGUACUUACAUCCGUACCCUCUGUGUCCACCUUGGACUUCUGUUGGGUGUUGGUGGCCACAUGCAGGAGCUCCGCAGAGUGCGCAGUGGUGCCAUGGACGAGUCCAAGGGCAUGGUCACUCUGCACGACGUGCUUGACGCUCAGUGGAUGAUGGACAACACCAGGGAUGAGUCUUACCUGCGUAAGGUCAUCUCUCCCCUGGAGACUCUCCUCACUGGCUACAAGCGUAUUGUUGUCAAGGACAGUGCUGUCAACGCUGUCUGCUACGGUGCUAAGCUUAUGCUUCCCGGUUUGUUGCGAUACGAGUCCGCCAUUGAGGUCCACGAUGAGGUCGUCCUCAUGACCACCAAGGGUGAGGCUAUUGCCAUCGGUAUUGCCCAGAUGUCCACCGUUGAGAUGUCAACAUGCGAUCACGGCGUUGUCGCCAAGGUCAAGCGAUGCAUCAUGGAGCGUGACCUUUACCCCAGGAGAUGGGGACUUGGCCCUCUUGCAUCGGAGAAGAAGAAGAUGAAGGCGGACGGCAAGCUGGACAAGUUCGGACGCCCGAACGAGGCCACCCCCGCCAAGUGGGUGUCUGAGUACAAGGACUUCAGCGCUCCUGCCGGUGAUGCGGCUGCGGCUGCAUCGGCUGCGCCGGCCACUCCCCAGAAGGUGGUUGAGACCGUCUCUACCAGCACUGUCGUCACCCCUGCCAACAACGAAGAGGACGGCAAGAAGCGCAAGAAGCACGAGGGUGAAACUCCCGACGAGCGUGCCGAGCGCAAGCGCAGAAAGGCUGAGAAGAAGGCAGCCAAGGCCGCGAAGAAGGCUGCCAAGUCAGGCGAAGCUGACGACGAUGACGACAGCGAGUAA